CAGGAGGAGGAAGAGGAGGAGGAGGAGGCUCUAGCUCACCCCCCCCACCCGCCUCCGUCGUGUCUGCCUCCCCGUCUUGGCCGUCCUCAGCCCUGCUGCCUCCCGGACCGCUUCCUCGUUAAGAUGGCUGACCCCAGCAGCGACGGAGAGGUGCCGGAGAGCCUGCGCGGCUUCGCCCGGCAGGGCGCCCUGCGCCAGAAGAACGUGCACGAGGUGAAGGACCACAAGUUCAUCGCCCGCUUCUUCAAGCAGCCGACCUUCUGCAGCCACUGCACGGACUUCAUCUGGGGCUUUGGGAAGCAGGGGUUCCAGUGCCAAGUGUGCUGUUUUGUGGUUCAUAAGCGCUGUCAUGAAUUCGUCACCUUUUCAUGUCCGGGGGCCGACAAGGGACCCGCUUCUGAUGAUCCUCGGAGUAAACACAAGUUUAAGGUCCACACUUACUCCAGCCCCACCUUCUGCGACCACUGUGGCUCCCUCCUGUACGGGCUGCUACACCAGGGCAUGAAAUGCGACCAUUGUAUGAUGAACAUCCACAAGCGCUGUGUUGCCAACGUCCCGAGUCUGUGUGGGACAGAUCACACGGAAAGGCGAGGACGCAUUCAGAUCUCGGCCCAAAUCACUGAGGAAACUCUCACCGUCACUAUCAAAGAGGCGAAGAACCUGGUGCCCAUGGACCCAAAUGGCCUGUCGGACCCGUACGUCAAGCUCAAGCUGAUCCCAGACCCCAAGAGUGAGAGCAAGCAGAAGACGAAGACCAUUAAAUGUUGCCUCAACCCCACCUGGAACGAGACAUUCACAUUUAAACUCAAAGAAUGUGACAAAGACCGCCGUCUGUCAGUGGAGAUCUGGGACUGGGACUUGACCAGCAGGAAUGACUUCAUGGGAUCACUGUCCUUCGGGAUCUCAGAGCUACAGAAACAAGGGAUAGAUGGAUGGUUUAAGCUGCUGUCUCAAGAAGAAGGAGAAUACUUUAAUGUUCCCGUCCAGCCAGAUGGAGAAGAUGGUAAUGAGGAGUUCCGACAAAAAUUUGAGAGAGCAAAAGUGGGCCCAGGGAAGCCCACAGACUCUUCCUCUUCUUCUUCUGUAUUGAAAUACGACAGUAAUGGCAAUCAGGACCGCAUCAAACUGUCAGACUUCAACUUCAUCAUGGUUCUGGGUAAAGGCAGCUUUGGAAAGGUGAUGUUGGCUGAGAGGAAAGGUACGGAUGAGUUAUAUGCCGUAAAAAUCUUGAAGAAAGAUGUGGUGAUUCAAGAUGAUGAUGUGGAGUGCACCAUGGUGGAGAAGAGAGUCCUCGCUCUUUCUGGAAAACCACCUUUCCUCACUCAGUUGCACUCAUGUUUCCAAACCAUGGACCGGUUGUAUUUUGUCAUGGAGUAUAUCAAUGGAGGAGACCUUAUGUACCAAAUCCAGCAGGUUGGCAAGUUCAAAGAACCCCAUGCUGUGUUCUACGCUGCAGAGAUCGCCAUUGGUCUCUUCUUCCUUCACUCCAAAGGCAUAGUGUACAGGGAUCUGAAGCUGGACAAUGUGAUGCUGGACUCUGAAGGCCACAUAAAGAUCGCAGACUUUGGCAUGUGCAAAGAGAACAUGUUGGAUGGCAUAACCACUAAGACUUUUUGUGGCACACCAGAUUACAUCGCUCCAGAGAUCAUAGCCUAUCAGCCUUAUGGGAAGUCUGUAGACUGGUGGGCCUUUGGAGUACUGCUUUAUGAAAUGCUUGCUGGACAGCCGCCCUUCGAUGGGGAAGAUGAAGAUGAACUGUUCCAGUCAAUCAUGGAGCAGCAUGUCUCUUACCCGAAGUCCAUGUCCAAAGAAGCAGUUGCUAUCUGCAAGGGGCUGAUGACCAAACACCCAGGUAAGCGUCUCGGCUGUGGUCCAGAGGGAGAGAGGGACAUCAAGGAACAUGCCUUCUUCCGCUAUAUAGACUGGGAAAAACUAGAAAACAAAGAAGUCCAGCCACCUUUCAAACCGAAAUCUUGUGGGCGCGAUGCGGAGAACUUUGAUCGCUUUUUCACACGAAACCCCCCACUGCUGACACCUGCAGAUCAGGAGCUUAUAGCCAACCUGGACCAGCAAGAAUUCCAAGGCUUCUCAUUUAUUAAUCCUGAGUACCCUCACACACCUCACUGACCAGGCCAUGUGUCCCUGGGCUGCAUUAGUAGUCACCCACACUUCACAAGCAUACUGUACAAAGGAAAAGAAAAUCAGCACAAUGUCAUAUCCAGGCUGCAUUCAGGAAGGUGUUUAAGAAAUAAGUGGACAUUUGGGAAACAUAGUUAUUCACUUUCUUUGCAAAAGUGUAGUGAGUAGGUAAAAUCAGAUUUUUAACACAGGAGCUCUAGCUGUGGAAUAAUGCGCUUGGUUUAGUUUAUCAUAAAGCUCUGGAAAUGUCUACUGUGAAUUUCUCUUGGGUAAUGUUAAAUAUGCUCAUUUUUACAGACUGCCUCUUAAUUUAACUCGACAGUGAACAUGAGUUUAACAACCCAACAAAACGUGUAAUGUCACUGCCUGACUAACCUGCUUGUUACAUAAUUUUCACUGGCAUGCUGAUGACGCAUCCUCAUCAAACUGAAUGACAGCUGCUCAUUCGUUGCUCCUCUUCUACAUCUCAAGUAAGAUUUUGGAGCUGGUAACUGUGCAACCUUCUAUAAAGUUAGCACAGAAUCAAUUGGAGAAAUAAGCCGUCACAAAUGACAUGCUUCCGUACUUUUACUUUCCAUUUUAGGGGAUAAUUUGGUUCACAACUGAGGAGCACAGCUGCAUGCAGUUCAAUAUCACCAACCACAUGGCAUAACCAUAGCAGUCUUAAUUCUCAUCUUUAAGGUUUAGACUGUGUAAUGCAGUUGGACCACAAAGCAUUUAUCAUGCAGCGGGAAUGAGGAUGCAUUAUCAUGUUCGACGGCGGUGCCAAUGGCAGAUUUGUAUCAUUUUAUCAACUUUACAAUUUAAGUCAUUUGCUUUUUGUGUCAAUUAAACUCCUUUUUUUCUUCAAUACAGAUAGAUGUUUGAUCAGAGGCUGGAUACAUUUUAAGACAAAAUACUGCAGCUUGCACAAUUUCAGUGUAUUUGAGUCAAAGCUCCAUAAUAAAGUCAGAAUUCACUGAUUUGAGAAUUGAGCCAAGAAGAAUUAGAAAUUAUGAAAAAGGGGGAUUUUUUUUUUUUUAACUUGUAACAAGGAUUUUUCUCCCAAUAUGUGUGAGUGUCCAGUAAUAUUUAGAAACAACAAAGCUGUGAAUCGACUGAUUUAUUUGACAUGGAGUGCAAGUCUGUUGUGUGUCAAAUGUAUGCCCGUUUUUGAAAAAGGUUCCUUCACAGGGAGUUUUGUACUGCAACAAAAGAAAUUGUUAGAUCCAUUGGGUAAACAAAUUAGGAGUAAAAGGUUGAGGUUGUUAAAGUACUGUGAUAACCUGCAAGGAGAUGAUAAUGUGCUUGAUGACAUGAGGGAGCUAGUUUUUGUUUAAUUUGCUCACUUCUUUAAUUGUACAGCAUUAACAUCAAUAACAGUUAAAAAAGGUCCAUGGGAGUCAAGAGUUACACAUGAAAGUGAAAACUUAUGUUCACCAGUUAAUUAUUUUUUCCCCCCAUAUUUAGAUUACAACAGCAGUAUGCUGUCAUAUCCCCCUCCACCUUCCUGUCAGAAUGUCCAUUUAUUCUAAUAAGAAAAUCCUGUAAAUACAUUCAAACACAGUACAGGAAAAAAAGAAAGACAUGUUUUAGUUAUUACUUAUUUGAGAGCGCUCAACAGUUAUACUGUAGCCUCAGUAGGGCCGGUAUGCUGAUUUUCCUGCCGCUGACUUGUUGAACCAUCACUGACCCCUACUCCGAUCCUGUUAUUUUAUCAGAAAAGGCGUCCUGCUACAAAGUCACAGAAAUGUUUCUUACUUUGUGAGUCCACAGAGAGCUGGAAGUUGCCUGUGUCUGUCAUUGCUCGCAGUAUCGUUUUCUUGCCCAAAGUUGUGCAGUUGAACCAUUCUUUCUCACUCCCUCUCUCUACCUCUGUAAGUAUGAUAACCUUCAAGCUGUUGCAGGUUCUCAAGACUAUAAAUCAGUCAUUUUUUUACCCAGACUGUUCAAUUAAACCUCUACAUUUAUCCUCUAAUGUUCUACAAGUAACAGGAAAGGGACUUUUCUGACUCUUGGAAAGAAGGCAGAUAAAUAUAUGACCCAAUAUAGCACCAAAUUAAGUGACGUUGAGAUGUAAAUGCAGACAUGCACAAAUGAUAACAAUCAGCUGGAAUAUUCACAUAUUCAUGAGUCAGAUGCCAGCAGGAGGCUGUUUUUUUUUUCUUUUUUUUUUGCCCCUCCCACCAGCAACAAUGUUGUUUUACUAUAGUUAGACAUGCGUCCAUUGUUGUUGUAUCAGCCGUAAUUCUAUCUUUAGUGCAUUAAUGUUGAUUUCAUCUGGAUCUGAAUGCUGCCUGGCUGCUCACAUCAGCAGGUUGCUCACCUGCUCCGCCUUCUUGUUGCUCCCCAACAGCAAUUGACAAACCCUCAGUGAUGUUGUUGAUUGUACUAUGAUCACAUGUUUGUAAUUCAUAUAGUAGAAGUGAAAACUGACCAGUUGAUUUUCUAUAAUUGUUUGAAUACUAAUGUUUCCCAAAGCUGACUUGUUUACUUUAUCUUUAGGAUCAAAUGCUUAUACAGUUUCCGUUCAGUGUUGUGGUAAAGUUAUCUGCAUUUUAUUUCUGCUGACAUGCAGUUUGCAACAAGUUCAUUUUUUUUUCCCUAAUUGAAGGCUCAUUAUUUUUUGUUUUUAUCUAUCUCUGAAAACAUUCUGAAUAUUACACUGUGUUUUUAUUGACAGAGGGCACAUCUCUGCUUGUAAAUGAUCAUUUUACAGAGAUCCACAUACGACUUGAGUCCUGUGCUGUUAGGUUGUUAAGAAGUAUCUCCAGAAGUGCCAAAACUAGGUUCAUAUUCAUGAGUUUGUGGAGAUGUGCAGCUCUCAAAAACUGAUCAAGGGGAGCAUCUUGUGCCAUGUUACAGUCAAUGUAUGAUUAUCAUCAUAUGCAUUUAGUACCCUUUGAAAGUAAUUUUCCUAUAUAAGAUGAAGCGUGUGAGUUGUGAUAUACUUUUGUAACUAUGUAACAAUGCAAGCUAGUAACUGUGUCAAAUGUUUUUUUUUUGUUUUUUGUUUUGUCUUUUUGAGCUUGUAUCACAAAAUGAGGUGGCUGAAAGAUGAAAUCAAAGCUACCUGCUUAAAAAGACAAUAUUCUACCAGGUGACAACAAUGAGCACUUAUUCUCAUGAUGGUAAUGGGGACAGAUCAAUGUUGGGGUACUGCAGAGGAGAGAGAAAAAAUAUAUAAAUAUAUAUAUAUAUAUAUGAGAGAGUUAUAUGUCAGAUAAAUAAUUGGAUAAUGUGUUCCUGGGUGGGACAGAUGCUUCUGUGGAUUGUGUAUUUGUCCUGUAUGACUGGAAACUGAUAAUAUACUCACUGGUGCUGCCAGACUACUUCUGCUGUGUCUGUGUUCUUACUGGUUCCAUGAUGCUUCAGUCAGUUUGAUAU